AUGCAUUUCAUCAGCCGCUCUCUUCCAAACUCCGUCCGCCGGUGCCACCAUCAGCAGCGGCGGCGCACGCUUUACGACGGCGCGUCAUCAAUCAGAUGCGUCCGGGACCGGGGCCUCGACCACGCCGUGGAGAGGGAGAGGAGCCUCAAGCAGGUGUGGAACAUCAAGAACCUCAUCAAAUCCGAGCCUUCAAUCUCUCUCCCUCUCAACCUCAUCACCCAAUCCAAGGACUCCCUGCAAAUCCCCACCCGCCCCAUCGAAUUCCUCCGCAAAUACCCUGCAAUUUUCCAAGAAUUCUUCCCGGGCAGCGUUAACAUCCACCCCCACAUCAAACUCACCCCCGAAGCUCUCACCCUCGAUUCGGAAGAGCAGCUGCUCCACGACAGCGUCAGCUACCGGGAAAAUGUGGCGGACCGGCUCUUGAAGCUUCUGAUGAUUGGUAAAACUAACAAAAUCCCAUUGUCUGUGCUUGAUAGGCUUAAAUGGGAUCUGGGUUUGCCCCAAGAUUACGCGAAAAUGAUAGUCCCUGAGUUCCCAGAUUAUUUCCGGGUCAGCAAUGGCGGAGAUGCGGCAAUGUUGGAGUUGGUUUGUUGGAGCCAUGAUCUUGCUGUUUCUGAGAUGGAAAAGAAGGGGGAAAGUGAAGGGUUUUGUUUGAGCUAUUCCAACGGUUUUGAGAUGGAUAAAAAGCACAAGAAAUGGGUUGAUGAGUGGCAGAAAUUGCCUUACCUUUCACCAUAUAACAACCCAAUCCACCUUUCUUCAAAGAGUGAUGAAUCAGAUAAAUGGGUUGUUGGGAUUUUGCAUGAAGUUCUUAGUCUCUGUAUUGGGAAGAAGGCAGAGAAGGAGAAUGUGCUUGUUUUGGGAGAGUAUUUGGGGCUAAGGUCUAGAUUUAAGAGGGCAUUUCUGCAGCACCCUGGAAUCUUUUAUGUUUCAAGUAAGAUUGGCACACAUACUUUGGUUUUGAAAGAGGCAUAUAAAAGAGGUGCUUUGCUUGGUAGGUGUUCUAUGAUGGAAAUGAGGUUUAAAUAUAUUCGCUUAAUGAAUAAGGUGACUGAGGAUGAAAAAUCUAGCCAUGAUAAGAAGGAAAAGAAGCCAGAGAAGUUCGAUUGUGAGGAUGAGAAUGGGGAAGAAGAUGAAGAUGAAGAUGGAGAUUUUAAUAGUGACUAUGAUGAUGAGGAGGAGGAGAGAAGUGAGGAUAAAAAAGAAAAGAAUGGAGGAAAAUCGAGUUUUAACACAAAAUUCAAAGAGAAUCCUUCAAGAAGGUUAGCUCAAAGAAAUUCCACUCGGAACACGAAAGGGAGUUCUCCAAUAUCCUCUAGGAGAAAUGGAAGACAUCGUGAUAUUCGGGAGGGGAAGGAAGCAAACAACGGAGGGAGAACGAAUUUUAACACAAAAUUUGAAGGGAAGAAGCCUUUAAGAGCCAUGCCAAUGAAGUUAAAUGGGAGACAAAACAGGGAAAGAAGUUCAACUGAGAUUUUGUAG